AAAUUCAGCACAACCGACACGGAUAGCGAGUGUGUUGCCAGGCUAAGGUCAACAAACUGGCCAGUCUGACAGCUAACAAACAUGCUAAUAUGCUAACUAACGUGCUAACCGAGCAAAUUGUCCGAAUGUCAGUUAUUGUUAGCCUCAAUGCACACCUUUUGUUGGAAACACCGGGGAAUAUAUCUUGGAUAACUUUUGUAGCUCGCUAGUUGGAUAUUGUUUGGAGGAAUACGUGAGGAUAUUGAAAACUUUGCUACAUCACGUCAAAAACACAGUCAGCUCCAUGCCUCUACACUCUCUGAUGAUGAGGGAUAAGUGACGUGACUACUAGCAGCAGGCAGUGAGUGACCGCUCUGAUCGGUGAGCUCCACCAUCGUGGCACUCUCUCUGGCUUCCACUGCCCACUCCUGACCACCACACCCCUCCCCCCGUCCUAAGCGGGUCGCUGUCCUGCCGGCGGUGGAGUGGAGGACUCUGAUUGGAGAACUCACAAGGUGGUUUUUCGGUCUGGCGCCGCCUCCCCCUGGGGCCGGCGUGCGCUCCCAGCAGCCCGUGGUGCCCUGCGCCCCGCCCUCACCGUCACUGCCCGCCAGAGCCCAUGUGCCAGGAGGAGGUGCGGUUCGUCCGCCAGGAGCCAUGUGCCUCCCUCAUACCAACAACAUGGACAACAAGCUACAGGGGGCGGGGCCAGGGGGAGGAGCUUCACUUCGAUCCCGAGGAGGCGGUGUUCCAUUGGAGCCCUUCAUGCACCAGGUGGGGGGUCAUACCAGUAUGAUGCGCUAUGAUGACCACACGGUGUGCAAGCCUCUGAUCAGCAGGGAGCAGCGUUUCUACGAGUCUCUGCCUCCAGAGAUGAAGGAGUUCACCCCGGAGUACAAAGGUGUGGUGCUAGUGUGUUUUGAAGGUGACUCUGACGGCUAUAUCAAUCUGGUGGCGUACCCCUACGGCGACAGCAACGCGGAGGCCGGGGCCGGCGAGCAUGAGGAGGCACCCGAGAGGGAGCAGCCAAGGAGGAAACACUCCCGCCGCAGCCUCCAUCGUUCCUCCUCCUCCUCGGAACACAAGGAGGAGCGAAGCGAUCGCGACACAGAUUCUUCUGAUAACAAUCUCACGGAGCUGAAGAGUCCGAGAGUGGAACCAAAGAUUCACUUGGACCUUCCCUUCCAGAUGCUGGACUGGAACAGCGGUUUGAGCUCAGAGAAAAUCAGCCACAAUCCCUGGAGCCUCCGCUGCCACAAGCAGCAGCUCAGCCGUAUGAGGUCUGAGUCCAAGGACCGAAAACUCUUCAAGUUCCUGUUGUUGGAGAAUGUGGUUCACCACUUCUCGUACCCCUGCAUCCUGGACUUGAAGAUGGGCACCAGGCAGCACGGGGAUGACGCCUCGGAGGAGAAGGCAGCUCGGCAAAUAAAGAAGUGCGAGCAGAGCACCUCAGCGACACUGGGGGUGCGACUCUGUGGCAUGCAGGUGUACCAGCUCAACACCAGCCACUACCUCUGCAGGAACAAGUACUACGGCCGCGGCCUGUCCAUCGAAGGCUUCCGCCAGGCCCUCUACCAGUACCUGCACAACGGGCGGGGCCUGAGGCGGGAUCUCUUUGAGCCAAUCCUGAAUAAGCUUCACAGUCUGAAGGCGGUGCUGGAGCGGCAGGCGUCCUAUCGCUUCUACUCGUCUUCACUGCUCAUUAUCUACGAGGGAAAGAAGCCUGAGCCUCCCGCGGGUUUCAGUCCUGGACAGCUCGUUGUCCGACAGAAGACCGCCGGGGGUCCUGAAGAGCCUCAUUUUUGUCCCACGCCCCUUGCGCCUCCGGCUACCGACACUCCCUGCGCCGCCGACAUGAGCCACGAGGAGGACCCGGACCCGCCGGCCCAUCAGGGACCCGCACCGGUGGCUCCACCCUCACCUCAUCCUCCCCCCGUGGCCCCACCCACAAAGUCAGGCUGCCACUCCACCCCCUCGCCGCACCCCCAUCCAGACUCUCCCUGCCCUGCUCCCAGCCUAAUCCCCCUCCCUCCGGCGCCCUCGGCCCCCUCGCCCCAGCAGCCCCCUCUGGUGGACGUUCGUAUGAUCGACUUUGCCCACUCCACCUUUAAAGGUUUCCGCGGCGACACGGCAGUGCAUGAUGGACCCGACCGGGGAUAUGUGCUCGGGCUGGAAAGCCUGAUCCAAAUCCUGGAGAGCCUGCGGGCCGACAACCGUCAGUAGUGUGGAACAUCUGUUCAGGAGCAGACGUCUCGACGUCUCGUUAACAGAAGUGGAUCCCUCACAACAUCGCCAUGGCAACAUGGGCAUUCUACAGUCCAGUAGUAACUAUAGCAACAGCCACGAGGCAGGACCGUGGAGCCCGAAAUACAUCUGACCUGCACUUGAGGCUCAACACACACACACACACACACACACAAUGAUAUGAUGCAUUCCCUCCGCCCCAAACCCCGUGACCAUCAUAGUGGUCAGUGCUGUCAAUCAACCCCAACCUCCCACCCCCUUUCUCUUCACCAAACCUGCACAGGUGAUUGCUCCAGGCACAUCUUUUAAAGCAAUAGAUAGCGACAAGAGGUGAAGACUUUUUUUUCUUUUUGUUCCCUGAGCAGGGAGAAUCUCAACCGUGAGAAGUAGAGACGCUUUCCAACUGCUUUGUGCUUUGUAUUGUCACUAUAGUUUGUCAUUCAAAUUGAUCCACUUGGCCAUCGCUUCAGUCACAAAUAGAUCUUUGUGAGGUAUGUGUUGGGUAUAUUCCCUAACAAAGGCCAUGAAAAGACCAGAAGUGACCAUGUCUUGUCAUAAUGCUGUUUUUUUUUUUUUCUUCAGACACAAUCCCAGGGCAUGCUGGAAAAAGAGUCACUAUAAGUACAGCAUGUUCUGGAUGUGAUGUCAAGAGUACUGUACUUGGUGCACAAACUUGAUAUUAUUUAGUCAAGUACAUCCCACCCCUCUUUUGAAAUGACCUGCACUUUUCCACUACAUUUUCAGAACCUCUUUAAAAAGGGAUUUGUUGUUACCAAACUCUAGAAUAGCAAGUCUUUUGUGGAUGUCUGUUCCGGGUGAUCUUAUUGGGAAAAAAUAUGUUUAAAAAUCACCAAAACAACACAACCUGAUUUUUUUAUUUUAGUUUCAAAACACUGUCGUACAAUAUUGUCAAAUGGGUGCAUUUGAAAUGCUCAACUGUCAGCCAGCCAGCCAGUCAUGCUUUAAAAAUGACGCACGUCCUCCUCUGGUGACGUCACCACAAACGUGCCAUCGUCCACUGUCUCGUGAUUGGUCAGCGCCUACCGCUCAGAGCAAAUCAGCUGUGCGCAGUUAUGCGUCCCUCCAGAAAGCGGAUGUGGUGGCAAUUUACUGCCCCCUGCUGGUCAGCAACAGACGCUCCAGAAGCUGGAGCCAUUAAGAAUGAGAGAACAAAUAGUAAUAUUUUAUUUUUUUGGUUUAUUGAGGUGAUAAUUUAUUUUUUUAUUGUACCUUUACCUCUAUGUAUGUGGGUAAAUGUCUUAUAUUUUCCAUGUCUCUCCCAAAAGUGUAAAAAAAAAAAAAAGAGAUUAUGUGCUCACAGAGUGAUGACAUUUCAGGGGAAUAUUUAACAGUAUUAAUUCAGCAUACUGUUGUCUGUUUGGCCACAGGACACUCCAGCCAAACUUUGCUUGGCACCAUCCAACAGGUUGAGUGUGUGUGUGUGUGUGUGUGUGUGUGUGUGUGUGUGUGUGUCUCAUUUUUGCUUUGCCUCACGUAACCUUUGCAGGCGUUGGAUGCACGUUGAACCUAUUUAUAGUGAUUUCACCAUCACACGGUCCAACAUUCUAGUUCUUGUCCCUCCUCCUCCUCCUCACAUGUAUGUUGUCAUGUCUGUUGUCUCCAUUUAUUUUCUACAGAUGACACCAUCCCCACUGUUUGGUAGAACAGUGAAAGUGAGAUUAAAACUUUCCAGAUGUUUUUUUUGGCCUCCUGUUUGAAGUUAUUGAUUUUUGUGCAGCAAGUGAGUAAGAUGUACUUGUCAGAAUAGUUGGUUAAAAUUAAAACUGAAAUACUUUUAAUUAGAAUUCUGGCUUUCUACAGCACAGAGACGUCACAAAAAAGGCAACUAUAUCUGAUUGUUUCACACACACAAAAAAAACUUAAAUUUUGUGUUUGUUGUCAUCCCAGCUGAUUUGCAUCUUGUCAUCCAUGAAGGUCGUACUCCCGGUACAGGACAUAGUCCUUCAGUCUCCCCGGCAAUGGCAGGAAGCUCAUGAAGACAGGCGACCGCAAACGAAGACGACCGAGACAACGGCGAAUCCUUAAACGACAGAGAUGCUGCAGGCAGCGAGCGUUCUCUGAGGAGAUGGAAGGACCAAAUAACUCUUGAUUAUUCAUCAGGUACAUCUGCACAUAAACAAAUCUACAAAUGUGUAUCCAUUUAGCAAUGUACUAUAAGAAUGGUUAAUACAUCACAGCAUAUCAUAGCAAUCCCCGGCUACCGCGUCAAUGUGACUCCAAAUAAGCACUCAAGAUUAUUCAUCAGGUACAUCCUCACAUUCUAACAACAAAUCUACAAAGGUCUUAAUGUGUAUCCAUUUAGCAAUGUACUAUAAGAAUGGUUAAUACAUCACAGCAUAUCAUAGCAAUCCCCGGCUACCGUGUCAAUGCGACUCCUUGAGGCUGUAAGCAAUAGCGUUAUCAUGUCACCUUGCAGCCUACAAAUGUCGCUCCACUGCUGCUGCUCCAUGAGGG